ACGUCCGAUGUUAUCGGAUCGGUCCUUCCGAGGAUGUGACGUGGAGCGAGCAUUCCGACGACGCGAGGAGUCCUCUGACGUAGCGUUGCGGAUUUCUUCGGCGCUGACUUUCACUGCUUCGGAGUGUUGGGCAAGAAGUGGCGAAGGUCAGUUGUGCCGCGGACUCGUCGAAAGACACACCUUGCCAUGUGCUCGUAGAGAAAACAGUGCGAAGUUGGGAAAAAGUGCCAUCGGCUGAGCUAUUUGAUAAUGGGGCCCGCAUACAUAUUACCACUCCUCUUCGGCGUGACCUUCGCCAUGGACAACCUUGAAGUAGCCUAUCAAUGGAAACAAUUAGACUUUGCUUACCCAUCGGAAGAAGCUCGACAAGAAGCAAUAAAAAGUGGCGAAUUCACUCCCGCAAAUAAUCUACCUUUAGGUUUGGAAGUCCACGACGAUCGUUUAUUCAUAACUGUGCCAAGAUGGCGCAAGGGGGUUGCAGCCUCCCUCGGCUACAUCAAACUAAGCGACCCCAUGGACUCCCCCAAACUCCACCCUUAUCCCAACUGGCAAGCCCACAACCUUUCGGGCUCCCCUGAAAUCAUCUCCCCCUUCAGAAUGCGUGCCGACAAGUGUGGAAGACUCUGGGUGCUAGACACUGGCGAAGAAGACAUCCUCGGCGAAGCCAAAAUCCACCAACCCACCACUCUUCUUAUUUACGACCUCUCCACCAACACCCUCAUGCGAAAGUACCAAAUACCGGAAAACCAGACCAGCAAAGACAGCUUCUUCGCUAACAUAGCGGUAGAAGACCACAACUGCAGCAACAGUUUUGCUUAUUUGGGAGACUUGGGUGACCACCCUGCAAUCGUCGUCUAUUCCUGGAAGAACAACACCAGCUGGAAGGUCAAACACCACUAUUUCCACAUCGACCCCUUGAUGUGCGAUUUCAGCGUUACUGGGAUCGAUUUCCGUUGGAACGACGGCAUUUUCGGGAUGGCGCUAUCUAAGCCGGACGCUGAAGGUUACAGUACGUUGUACUUCCACCCCAUGAGUAGCGCUCACGAAUUUGCCGUGAGCACCAAGUACCUGCGGGAAGACGUCUCCGAUAAGAACUUCCACAAGUUUAGAAAUUUGGGGAGCAGAGGGCCUAAGAGCCAGAGUGGGACGUCUUUCCUGGACCAGAACACAGGAGUUCUGUUUUACGCUUUGUUGAAUCUGAAUGCUGUGGCGUGUUGGAGGACCACGAAUGCGGAGUAUACUAUGCACUCGCAAGGGAGAGUUUUUAUGAAUAAUGUCACCAUGGUGUUUCCCAAUGAUAUUAAGGUUGAUAGUAAUGAUGUCUUGUGGGUUUUGUCGGAUCGGCUGCCCACGUUUAUGUAUAAGUUUUUGGAUGAGAAUGAGGUCAACUUUAGGAUAUUUAAAGCCAAGGUCGCGGAUGCGAUUAGAAGGACUGCUUGCGAUUCUACGUUUGAGGUAAAUAGUACGACGAUCAAAACAAUUACCAUUGAGAAGAGGAAUGUAGGUUUCAAGGUUGAAAGUGUGAUGAGUAUCGUUCUUGUAGCGUUGGUUGCCAUAUAUAGUUUGUAAAGAUUUUACCAAUGAUGUUGAUAUUUUGUAAUUAUUGUAUAAUUGCCGAUUUUAUUUAUUUAUUUUUAGUGUAAGAUAAGUAAGUCACGAAUAUAGUUGUCGAUACUUGUAUCGUUGUUGUACUUAUAUAAAGUUUGUAAGUAUGAAAUGUGCGUGUCCUGGUUUUUAUUGGCGUUUCUAGUCGAAUUACAGUAGAGGGAGCUCCGCUUUCAAAAAUAUUUUGAAAUCCAAAAAUGUUGAUAGCAGCAAGAAUAAAAGAUGUACGUAAUGAAUGUUUAAGUAGGUAUGAGGAAUUUUUGUAGAUGUUUAUUUUUGGAAAUGCAAAUAAUGGAAGAAUUUUAAAAAACAAACAUCUCGUUUUUUAAUAAUAACUAUAUAUGUAUAUGUAUAUAUAUGCACAAUGUUAGAAAAACAAAGUAGAUCUUAGAAAUGUAGAAAUACUUUAAAAAGAACCAACAAGUUUUAUGGAAUAAAAAUUUUCUUCAAC